GUGUUUUUAAAAAAGCGGCGGUUGCUCCUCGAGCACCUUUUGGAGAAUCAACAGCGUUAAGUCUUUUAUCGCAAUUAUCCAACACUUUUACAAACGAUCCUGGUGUAUUUCUGUAAAGUUGUACGCUCCUUUACUGCACCAGGAUCAUGAAGCGUCAGCAGUAUGCAGAGGAGCAAGGCCUUCUGGGCCCACUGUGUCCUGGGCAGAAGAAGCUGGAGGGGAAGAUUUUUUACCUGGACUGUGUGAAGAAACGCACAACAGCCCUGCUGCUGGAGGCUGUAGCCCUUCUAGGAGGGAGGGUUGAGAGUUUCCUGCACAAGGAUGUGAGCUUUGUUGUGACUGGAAGCCAGGAGGGCAUGAAGGAGCAGAAGAGUACGGAUACCAAAACAGGGGCAAAGGGGACAAGUGAAGAAGCCCAACAUCCUAAAGCGCAGCAGCGAGAGAGCGUCCUCAGCAGUGACAAACCGCGACCAGGAACUCCUAGACCAGUGGCUUGUGGCAGCCGCGGGAAGGCCCUGCUUGAAAAAGCCAUUCGCAACAAUGAACGACUGCAGGGGAGCAGUGUUUUGGCCAAUGCCCAAUCAUGGGGAGUGAAGAUUUUGUAUGUAGCUGAUGUCAUUUUAUAUUUGAAACAGCUGACUCGAGAGAGCUUCAGCACGACACAGAAGAGGCCAGAGAAGACUUACACCAAACAACAAGCUUCUCAUGUUGUCAAAGCUGUAGCUUUGAGGUCUCCCUAUCUCAAAAUUGAAGACUUGAGCAGGAGAUACAAGCCCUUGCAUAUGCAAUCUAUGACCUUCCCCGAUCUGUGGUACUCGGGCCGAUAUAGCCCUUUUGAAUGUCCUCCACCUCGGUUUGAGAAGCAGGCAGAGCAAGGAGAGAAUAAAACAAGUAGGGAGAAGAAAAAAGUUAAAAGCAGCACUCAGGACAAACCUCAAACCCUGCUCAGCUGCAACCCUUCACCUUGGCGGCCACGCAAAAAGGACCUAUCUUACUGUGAAUGCUGUCAACAACCCUUCACUAAUCUGGAGGAGCACUUGCAGUCUAAUCAGCACCGCGAGUUUGUGCUGGAUCUCACAAACUACAGUGUGGUGGACCAGCUCGUGACUGAAAUGCUUCCGGGAUUUAACCCCAAUCCAGCUGAACAAUCAGAGGAAACACUGAACCGACCAUCAACUCCUUUGCCCGUCUGUGAACUGGAGCCUCUCACUGAUGCUGAGACGGAGCAUGCUGUCCAGGCCCUGCAGAGACAAGGUUCAUCAUUCAAUAUUCACAUUUCCAGCCCUACCAGGGGUCGUCUCUCCUCUGGCCUAGCCAGCCCAUCACAAGGAGUUGAGGUCCCCAUCCCAAAUCCACCAGCCACGCCACCUGCUGACAUCCAGCCUUUGACUCCUAACAAAGAUUGCCAGCUCCCUGACAGCUGUCCUCAUGGUUUAAGUCCAGUCAUGCCUGUUUUGAUUGCUGAAUCACAAACCCAUGACUCGGCAAACCAGCAGCAUGAUACUCAGCAUCUCUCCCCCUGCCCUGACACCCCAUCCCCAGACCCCUACUCCCAUCCCCCAGUCCUCAGCCCACAAGUCCCUUAUCCCUCCUACGUUAUGGAGCCACACUGCCUGUACUCAGACCCUCCUGUCCUCAGUCCUCAACGGUACACCGCAGACGAGGCUGUGGAAGGACACAGUUGUGACAUGGACACUGCAGAAAGUGUGGCUGCUAUAUCCACCCCACAUUUUCCCUCUAUGGUUUUGACAAAUGAAGAAACAGUAAAGGGAUCAAACAGAGGAAGUCUUUCAGGAUUCAAUGAGAUCAUAUUUCUCACCAGUGGUUUGCGGUGUGCUGCGCUGUCACGUAGAUCUCGUUCCCUCCCUCGGCACUCAGCGACAGCACCAAACCCCAGAAAGCGCUGUAGAUCAGCCAGCCCCGAACACAGCCGGAGCAAAAGGAGGAGGAUUACAGCGAAAUUUGGCUACAGUGGUAGCUGGACUGAACAAGAGCAUACAUCUGCCAAACCAGAAAGUGACAUUAUUAAACCUGAGGGCUGUUCAUUAUUUGAUAAGGACCCUUGUCAGAUAAUACAGUCCUGUCCAAACCCAGAGGUCUCCUCAACAUGCACUGUGGACUCACAUGGCUCAAAACAGACUUUUACUUUGUUUUCUGUUCCUACAGUACAGAAUUUCACCCGGGCACCAAAUCAAAUGGACAUUUUAGGUCAUGGUGGUACUUCUGUUGCCUAUCAGCCAUCAUGGCAACUCUCCUCAGAAGCAAAGACAUGUGAUCCUUCAUUUCAGUGUCCCAGUGAUAAACCUCACAGUGCGUUUUCCAGUCUAGACUCUCAGCGUUCACUGUCCCACUGCACUUCAGUGUGCAUCGAGCCAGCCCUCAUCCCAGACUUAGCCGCACUCUCUUCAUCAUCAUCAGACUCUGAUUGGGACUGUGGCCUGCUGUCACGACUUGGAUCUACCUCUGCUGCUCCCCUGUCGCCAACUGAGCAGAACUGUGAGCUCGACAAGGAGCUCCUUCACAUGCCGUGCACCUGGAUGCACGACACCAGCUACGAGUCACGUCUACACACUGUCUUACAGCCGUCAACCCCUGCACCCUCGCUGUGUGGGGAAGAAAUGGACCCUUCGGCGUUUUCGAGGACUGUGGUACAGAUUGUUGAGGUUCAGCACUGAUGGUUAUAUUCUUGAUCACUUAAAGAACUGGAAGAACCACUACCUGGAAGCUCUUUUUACACAGAUCUCACAACAGGGCUGCAAUGACCCUUCAUUACACCGCCUUUGCUUUUUUUAAUACAGAACCAAACGACAGGCAUAAUGCUGCCCCAGUGUGUGAUUUUUAGAUAGCAUGCCGGCGUUCCAGAAGCAAAAGAAGCGAGACGAGUAACACAACAGUGUCUGCCUCUAGUGUGACAUAACAUACGUGUCAGGCAGUGCCAGCCAAUUAAUAACAUGGCAAUGAUAAUCAUUUACUGUCCGUGUUAUAUGGCGGUUGAUCUCGUCCUGUGCUUGAAGGGUAGGGAGCUCCUGGACCUCAGUGUCUUCCCAGUUUGUGGACAGUUUCGGCUGCUGUUCUUCUUUGAACUAGCUGCUAACUGGUUUUUAAAUCUCUCGGCGGUAGGUUGCACAUAUAACACGUCAAAACGUCACACCUUUAUCGUCCUGCUGGCUGUCCCUUUUACGUAGAAGUUGACCUUUUACUGUUAACAUCUCUGCUGCUGGCUUUAAGGCGAGACAACUCUGUUUUCCCAUUCUGCCCUUGUGUUUUUAUACAUAACGGCGAGGCGGAAUAACAUCACAUUCCUGCUUUGAACAAGCAAUGUAAAAGGGGCUUGCAGCUGUGUUUCCAGCAGCAGGGAACAAUGGGCAGCACUUGAGCUCAUCAAAAAAGUAAACGAAGUGUACACUGAAUAAAUAUUUAAAACUUAGUGCAAACUAAAAUGUAAUAUUUAGCUGUUUUUACAGAUGCAGAUUUUUAUUUUUACUUUUUAUUUUAUGUUGCAGUAGAUGUUAUUUAGUUAAUGUUGCAUCUUCCCAUGAAUUUGAAGAGCAUCCAUCAUCAUUUUUUCCUCUCAACCCCUAAUCCUCCUCAUGCAUAGAAGCAAUAUUCUGUGUGUCAUGCUGACUCCACUCUUUCAGCAGCUAUGUCCGGGAACACAUGAUGGUAUUGAGAUUUUAAUGAGGCUUUUCUGAAGGGGGCAUUACUCAAUUACCGUGAGUGGUGCGUCUGGAUCAGAUCCCACUUGCACCGGUGUUGGUGAGGCGUCCGUAGAGUGGAGGACACGCCCAACCUGUGAGACUAAAAUGUGUCUGAUUAACGUCAAAUGGCCUUUUCUGCCUUUUGAAGGUUGGCCAAUGGGCAGGCUUUGUCAAGGAGAGACGACUGCUUCACAGUAGUGUGCUGCAGCUUCAGGGAAGUUUAUUAUCUUCACUUGUCUGUUUUUAAAGUGUAAGGUCACCCGGCAUUCUCGCUUCACCUGCCUCGUCAUUGAUCAGCAUAAUAGACAAAACUAAAAACCCCAUGUUGUUCAAAAGUCGCACCUUCUUCUGAAUAUCUUGCAUGGACAUUUAAAACAGAACAAAACCACACAUGAAUUCAAUACGUGGAAGACUAGAAGUUCUCUCAGGAAACUGAUGUAAAUUCUUGUACAGUGUUUUUAAAUAAAUGUUUUUAUCCAUAAA